AUGGGCAGGGACUCUUCCAAAGGCGGUAUCUUCGUCUUCCUCAUCCGCUUCUACCAGACGUACCUCGACUGGUUGUCCAGCCGUGUGUUCAUCAGGUGGUUCUACCUCUCUUUCAUCGGCUUCAUCUUCUGCCACCAUGUCUUCGAGUACGGGAUGCACUUUGUCGUCGCCUACAUGUACGCUGUAUACCUGCUCAACCUGCUGCUCAGGUUCAUCACACCUCUGGAUUUCGACGAUCUCUGCGCUGCGCACGAAGCUGAGCAUGGAGGCACGAUCCUGCCGUCGAGCGAGAACAAGACCGCCAACAUCACCCUUGAACGGAUGAAGAACAACGACAACAUCUACGAGUUCAGGCCGUUUUUGCGCCAGAUGAACGAGUUCACCUUCUGGCUCUCCGCAACCAGAGCGACGCACGCCGCCCUGAUAUGCUCCAGGAUCGAGUUCCUCGACAUACCCGUGUUCUGGCCGUUGCUGGUGUUCUACUUUAUCGUGCUCUUCGCCACCACCAUGCGCGAGCAGCUGAGCAACAUGAUCAAGUACAAGUACGUCCCGUUCAACUUCGGCAAGAAGACCUACGGCACCAUCACCCGCCAGCGUAAGUAG